AUGGCAUUCAAGGCGGGGUGGAGGUUGGCGAAAAAGAAACUAUACAAUCGCGACGACUACAAGAAUGCCGAUUCGGCUACGCGAAAGUCACUUGAAGAAGCCGCUUAUAAUGAGCAUUCGCACAGGUACUCAAGCCACCACCGAAAAACAAUUGAUUUUAUUACUCGUAAAGUCACGGCCGAGUUCACUAUCGCUAGCGAGCAUCUGCAAAAUGGAUUCGGAGAGGUGUUGCAGACACUAUGGACUGAGUGUCACCGCCGAAUGCGCAACCAUUCAAACUGGUCGAAAAGUCAGAUGACAAAGUUCCGGGAUGUUUAG